GCUCACCUCACCUCUCACCUCACAGCCGCGUUCCCCAGUUGCUUGGAGAAACCCUCACAUUCUCGACGGCGGACUUUCGCCGUCCAACCUUUCCACUUUCUUCCUCUCUCUCCCCCGCCUUUCUCACUGCUAGCGCUGUCUGCUCGGCUAUAUUCCCAGAAACCUGCUGAUCACCCAUUUAGGGCAUGAUUUGACGGAGUGAAAAUGAGUAUGUUGAAAAUGGAGAGUCAAACGUGGACAUUGUAUGAAUACCCUAUAUUCACUUCAACCAACCAUAUCCUUAGUUUCUACUUUAAUGCAGCUGGUUUUGUUUGUACAAGUAUGUUGCGGGCAAAGCAGAUCAGCACCCUUUCAAGUGGUGCUCGGAGUUUUCUUAUAGGUGGUUCACGUUGCAGUGCUGCUGAUGGAAGUACUAGCACCUGCUCAGAGGAUGAAACAUUCGUGUCAAGAAGACAGCAGACAAAAAAUGAAGGUUUACUUGCACAGAAGCCAUCCGCCUUGGUACCCAAAACGGUGUCUGGAGUAGGAAGAACAUUGGUUUCAGGAGACUCAGUAAAUGGUUUAGGUUCUCAUGGUGUUGAGGGUGUUCAUCAACCAGGUUGCAUACAAAAACCUGUUUCCAUUCCAAGCCCAUCACAGAAAUCAGAUUCCGUAACAUAUGUAUGUGGCAUUGAUGGUGUUCAGGCACAUGCUGCACACACAUCGUCUUUUAAUGCUGACCAGGUUUUCAGGGCAGGCAUUGCUGCUGUUAACUUUCUUUCUGACAUAGCUAAUUAUAGACUUCCUUUAUUGGAUGGGAGUCAUGGGACAGGAAUAUUAAACAACUCUAAAAACUGUAUGGUCGAUACCAACAGGAGCCUACCUGACAUCAGAUCUUCAAAUGGGAAACACAUUAAAAGGGAGGCCUUUUCUAGUGCUUAUCCGAAGCCUUCUGUUUCUUCUGAUUUAGGGUCAAGCCGUACAAGUAAUCAUCAUGGUUCAAAGGGGCAUGGUGAUAAAUCAAAUUUAUCUAAAGGCAUAAAGCGUUUUCCUUCUUCAGGGACACGGAAAUCAGCUGUGGCUUCAAAACCUGCUGUAUAUAGUCAUGACCAGGGAGAUGUACCGCAGAGAACAAGAAUGCUUCCAAAUCGACUCGUGAAAAGUUCUGUUUCCAACACACAAACGUCAGAUCCACAGACUGGACAAUCCAUCAGUAAAGGUUUCAACAGACACCCUGAGAAUUUGAGAAUGCCAGCUGGAAUUGGUCAAACAAGUCGGCAUUUUGCAUACACAGGACGUGUUGUAGAAGUGGUUUUAGAUAUACUGCAGAAGCUAAAGUGGAGUCCUGCUACAGAGAAGGCUCUAUGUAACAUAAAUUGUUCAUUGGAUGCAUAUCAAGCCAACCAAAUCCUGAAGCAACUUCAAGACUACUCUGUUGCUCUUGGCUUUUUUUAUUGGUUAAAGAGACAACCAGGGUUCAAGCAUGAUGAUCAUACUUAUACCACUAUGGUUGGCAUCCUAGGCCGAGCUAGACAGUUUGGCAUGAUAAACAGAUUACUAGAACAGAUGGUCAGUGAUGGAUGCAAGCCCAAUGUUGUAACUUAUAAUCGAAUGAUACACAACUAUGGUCGUGCAAACUGCUUGAAGGAAGCACUCAAUGUGUUCAAUCAAAUGCAGGAGGAGAAAUGUGAACCUGACCGUGUCACUUACUGCACGCUUAUUGAUAUCCAUGCAAAAGCAGGAUAUCUUGAAGUUGCCAUGGCCAUGUAUGAAAGGAUGCAACAAGUUGGUCUUUCACCUGACACCUUUACUUAUAGUGUCAUGAUUAAUUGCCUUGGGAAAUCAGGCAAUUUAACUGCUGCCCAUAGACUAUUUUGUGAGAUGGUUGAUCAGGGUUGUGUUCCUAAUCUGGUAACCUACAAUAUAAUGAUUGCUUUGCAAGCUAAAGCUAGGAACUAUCAGAUAGCAUUACAAUUAUUUCAUGACAUGAAAAAUGCAGGAUAUGAACCUGAUAAAGUGACUUACAGCAUAGUCAUGGAGGCGCUUGGCCACUGUGGAUAUCUAGAGGAUGCUGAAGUGAUUUUUGCUGAGAUGAAAUGGAAAAAUUGGGUGCCAGAUGAGCCUGUUUAUGGUCUUUUAGUAGAUUUGUGGGGAAAGGCUGGUAAUGUUGAGAAGGCUUGGGCGUGGUAUCAGGAGAUGGUGAAUGCAGGUUUGCAGCCAAAUGUACCGACUUGUAAUUCCCUUCUCAGUGCAUUCCUGAGGGUGCAUCGGUUACCAGAUGCAUAUAAUCUUCUGCAAAGCAUGGUUGCCCGCGGCCUACGGCCCUCUUUACAGACAUAUACCCUGCUCCUCAGUUGUUGCACAGAAGCACGUUCAUCAUAUGAUAUGGGGUUUCGUUGUGAGCUUUUGGCAGUUACUGGCCAUCCUGCGCAUGCAUUCUUACUGUCCAUGCCAGCAGCAGGACCUGACGGUCAAAAUGUACGGGAUCAUGCUAGCAAAUUCUUGGAUCUGGUGCAUGCUGAGGAUAGAGAGAGCAAAAGGGGACUUGUAGAUGCAGUGGUGAAUUUUCUUCACAAGUCCGGGCUUAAAGAGGAGGCUGGUUCCAUUUGGGAGGUGGCUGCACAGAAGAAUGUGUACCCAGACGCUGUCAAGGAGAAAAGUUCUUGUUACUGGCUUAUAAAUCUCCAUGUCAUGUCUGAUGGAACUGCUGUGACAGCAUUGUCCAGGACACUUGCUUCGUUUCGGCGACAGAUGCUGACGUACGGGACUAGUCCUAGCCGGAUUGACAUUGUCACCGGAUGGGGUCGCAGGAGCCGAGUCACUGGAUCUUCUCUGGUGAGACAGGCAGUGCAAGAACUAUUGCAUAUAUUUAGCUUUCCAUUCUUCAUCGAAAAAGGAAAUUCAGGGUGUUUUGUGGGUUGUGGGGAGCCUCUUAGUAAGUGGUUGGUCCAUUCUUAUGUGGAAAGGAUGCAUUUGCUGUAGUACCUGUUCUAGAAAUAGAAACUAUCAUCUGAUCCUUAAGCUUAUAAAUUUUGUUGGCCGAGUGA